ACGUCGCCCGUUUCUCCUCUCUCGCCGUCUCGCGCAAUCGCGCUCGCUCGCACGUGCCGCCUCACCUCCUCCCUCCCACGCACCGCCUCACCCUUCUCCUCUCCUCGCAUGCGCCGCCGCCGCCGCCGCAGCUCCACGCUCUUCUAGCCAUCUUCGCCGCGCCGGAAGAUCCAGCCACCCGGACAAGAGUGGUGCUGGCCGUCGCUUCCCCCUUCUCCCCUUUCAUCUCCACGCGCCCACCGCUUCCCGCUCCUUCACGCUCUCCACUCCGCUCGGUGCCCGAUCUGGUUCGAGGACGGGCGGAGCUAAUGGUCUAGGCCUCCCCACCGGUGGAUUUGGUUGCCCUCGCUCCGGGCUCUGGCGCCGGGGAUGGUGCUCGUGCUCCCUCGACUUCUCCGUGCACCCUUUACCUUAUCCUCUGCACGAUGCGGUGGCGGCGGGAGGGCGGAGAGAAGCAGCUGUGCCGCAUUAGCUCUUCGCUGGUUUCAGAAACUCAACUUGUUCCAGGUAUAGUUCCAGGUGUUCCGUGCUCGUCAGGACUGAAAGAGAUUACAUAUCUUAUUUGGUGAUUCGCAGGUAUGAUAAUCUUUCUCCCACUUUUGUUUUCCUGUCAUGACAUAGAAUUAGUGAAGAGCAAAAUAAUGCAUGGCGGAUAAAUGAUUGCAACUUGCAAGGCAGCAUGUUAAACAUGCACAGCUCUCUCUUGCCUUGGAAAUUCUUGGACUAGGAGAUGUGUUUACGGUGCAGUUGACACAUGCGUUCAGUUGUCAACACUCCUAAACCCUUCACCUUUCGUCUGGAUCAAAUGAAGGAUUGAAAAUAUGUGACUUUUCCUAUCUUAAUUCCAUCGGUUGGCUAGCUCCUUCUAGCCAACACAUUUUUUUUAAAAAAAAAAUUCUUGGACUGGCGUUCCCAGCCUUGAGUACACUGAAUCGCAUAGAAAGUACUCAUCUCAUAUUUUCAUGUCAUGUAGCAUCAAAUCCUCUCUAUGACUUUAUGGAUCUAUGGUUUUUGUUUAGGCUUCCUGUUGGUACUUAAUUAGAGUUGUUUCUUUCAUAUUUUACUUCAGAUUCAGUCAGGAUUGGAAGAGAUCUUAUGUGAUAAUUAACAGAAGUUCUGUAGUGCAGGACAUUCCUGCCGCUGGUCGUGUCUUGGACAGCCAGAGCUCUUGAAUUCUCAGCCUUAAGUACAUUGGAUCACAUACAGGGUACUCACCUCAUGUCAUGUAUCAUCAAUCCUCUUUAUGGACCUGGAGUCACAGGUGCACCUCAUCAGCUUAAGCUCUCAAGGUCUGGCUUCUUGGAGUCUAUAUGGGCCUCGUGCCAUUCUCUCUUUGCACUGAGGCCUGCUGAGUGCCUGGAUGCUUAUAACAUACUCUCUCUCUCUCUCUACUUGUCAACACUGAAAUAUGUUUUCUCAGGACCUCACGAGCCCCAAGACUAUGAUCUUAGGAAUUCCAAUGAAUUUUGGGAUGAAAUUCGCAGGGGACUGGUUGACAAGGAUUCUUUAGUGAGGAAGCAGGCUUUGUACAUCUUGAGAAUAUCACUAGACAUCUUUCCCUCAUCUAAGAAUGAUGCCGCUCAGCAAUGCUCCAGGAAGAGGUCCGCCGCUCUGCCUGUUCAAGACAAACCAAAUACUGCAAUGACAAAAAGAGAGAGGUGGGCUCAGAAAGAGGCCAGAUCCCUUGGCAUCGGAGAAACGAGCCAAUCAGAUGAAAACUGCUCAAGUCGUAAAGACCGGUCGAAAGUUUUCCUGUUACUCUAUGAGAUGCUUCAGGAGUAUGGAACACAUUUAGUUGAGGCGGCCUAGACGCACCAGGCAGCCAUUCAUGCUAUUGUGCUUCUUUUGUGGAUUGGAAUAGGAUAAGAAGCUUGCACAUGGACUUAUAGUGGGUCUGUACUGUCUGAAUGGGUUCUUAUUACAAUUAUUUUUCCCCCUCUUUGUGCCUUAUGUAUAUUGGUGCUCUAUGAAAUAAUGUACCAUGUAACCGAUAAAUCAUCAUUGACAUAUCAAAGUGCACCUAUGUAUGCGCUAUAUUUCUCUAAUAUUUCACGUAAUAUUUAUUGUUC